UGCACAUUUAUUUUUCGUUGUUGUUUCAGUAAACCUAUUCGAUGUCUGUUUUGGUUAUCAUGACAUUGGUUAAUAAACUACAACGAAUUUGCGGUUCAAACAUUUAAUGUGUCAGCAAAUCUGAGGAUGAAUAAAUAAGAAUAACUGAUUCAAGAAUACAUGAAAAUGAAUCUUCUGAAUAUGUACUGAAGUAGGACAUGCAGACCAAUAUCAAGUUUGUGUUACCAUGUUUGUUCGUUGGGGCGUUUACUUAUAUAGUAUAUACGAAUUUUAUUCCCUCAAGUGGGGAUGGUAAUACUAAAUGGAACCUAUUUCAAUAUUAUAAACAAGACUCAUCCCAAAGAGAAUUGAAACACAUAAAGAAGAACAAAGCCAACGGAGAUUUUGAAUUCAAAGAAGACGUUGAUUGCACAAGAGCUAUUAAAAAAUACAGAAAUACAGAUGAUACGUUUUUCAUUCCACCCGACGUUGAGUUAGCAGCACUACCCAACAAUGUUAGUGAUUGUCUUUAUCAAAGAAUAACUACAACACUACAAUAUUUUUGUGCCAAACGAAGUCGCCAUGGAUCUGUAAAGGACGGGUGGAAUAUCUGUACGGAUGGAUGUUAUAAACCAAACAACAAGACAGUUAAAUAUGUACUGAGCAUAGUGAAUGAUUAUGAGAAUUUGCAAAGUAUAGAUCUGCAUUUUAAGACUAAUGUUAUCAGACACAAACCAAGAAUAAAUGGAACAGAUAUAUAUGUAUAUCAAAAGAAUAAAAAUAACCUUGGAGGUCAGUCUAUUAAACUUGGUACAUGGAUCGAUGCAGUGAAACACGAAUUGAAUGACCAGAACAUACUCGUUAUUGAUGUUGAAUCACUAACUGAAAGUGUAGUUGAUCAGAUUAUGAUGAGUGGAGUACUAAAUGUAAUACACCAGUUCUCUAUUCGGAUCAGUUACGGAGAUCCAGUAUCCGGAAUUGACUAUUUGACAGCACUUCAACAAUUGAGAAUGAUAUUUGAAGCAGGUUUUAGAAUAUACUGGUCGAGACCUGAAUGGUCGUGUAUUAUUGGGAAUAACAAGGACAGAACAAGUUGUGUUUAUCUAGACAUGGUUUACCAUAAGUGUAGAGAUUUAUCAAAAGAUAAAAGCAAACAUCAGCAAAUGAAUGCGUAUCACAUUAAUACUAGUUCAUUAACUGAUUGAAGAUGGAUGCCAAAUGUUAUAACGUUAACAAAAUCAAAACAAAAUAAAAGGGAAGCAGUUUAAACAAAAUUUGUAUAUGAUUUUUCAAUUAAGAUCAAUCAUUGUAUCUAAUGUAUCAUCAACUGGUGUCUAGUGAAGUGAUGUUAUUGUGAAUUUUAUACUUCAUUUAUUAUUUUAGUCAUUUUGCAUUUGUGUAAUAUAUACAAUCGAAUGUAAGAUAUAACUGCAAUCGAUUUGAUCUCUGUGUUGAUGAAUACUAUAUAUCUAAAUAUUGA